GGAGUCUACCAUCCUGGCUGCAGGUAGCUAUUGGGAUCAGGGGGCACCUGGCAUCCGGGUCCGGAACCUACUUCCCAGCAGGGUAACACGCUUCCCUGAAGACCUGAAGCCUGGCUGACUUCCUGAGUGCUGCCAUGGAGGAGCCACAGUCAGACCUCAGCAUCGAGCUCCCUCUGAGUCAGGAGACAUUUUCAGACCUGUGGAAACUACUUCCUCCAAACAAUGUUCUGUCCACCUUGCCGUCCUCUGAUUCCAUUGAAGAACUGUUCCUGUCCGAGAAUGUUGCAGGCUGGCUAGAAGACCCAGGUGAAGCUCUCCAAGGGUCGGCAGCUGCGGCAGCGCCGGCGGCUCCUGCAGCAGAGGACCCUGUAGCUGAGACUCCUGCACCGGUGGCCUCUGCGCCAGCCACUCCCUGGCCCCUCUCAUCUUCUGUCCCAUCCUAUAAAACCUACCAGGGCGACUAUGGUUUCCGUCUGGGCUUCCUGCACUCGGGGACGGCCAAAUCUGUCACAUGCACGUACUCACCUUCCCUCAAUAAGCUGUUCUGCCAGCUGGCGAAAACAUGCCCCGUGCAGCUGUGGGUCAGCUCCACACCUCCACCUGGCACCCGUGUCCGUGCCAUGGCCAUCUACAAGAAGUUACAAUACAUGACGGAAGUUGUAAGACGCUGUCCCCACCACGAGCGCUCCUCCGAAGGCGAUGGUUUGGCUCCUCCUCAGCAUCUUAUCCGAGUGGAAGGAAAUAUGCAUGCCGAAUACCUGGAUGACAAGCAGACUUUUCGGCACAGUGUGGUGGUGCCCUAUGAGCCACCUGAGGUUGGCUCUGACUGUACCACCAUCCACUAUAACUACAUGUGUAAUAGUUCCUGCAUGGGGGGCAUGAACCGGCGGCCUAUCCUCACCAUCAUCACGCUGGAGGACCCCAGUGGGAACCUGCUGGGACGGAACAGCUUUGAGGUUCGUAUUUGUGCCUGCCCUGGGAGAGACCGUCGUACAGAGGAAAAAAAUUUCCAAAAGAAGGGAGAACCUUGCCCAGAACUACCCCCAAAGAGUGCUAAACGAGCAUUGCCUACCAACACAAGCUCCUCUCCCCAGCCAAAGAGAAAAACACUUGACGGAGAAUAUUUCACCCUUAAGAUCCGUGGUCAAGAACGCUUCAAGAUGUUCCAAGAAUUGAAUGAGGCCUUGGAACUGAAGGAUGCACAGGCUUUGAAGGCGUCAGAGGACAGUGGUGCUCACUCCAGCUACCUGAAGUCCAAGAAGGGCCAGUCUGCCUCCCGUCUUAAAAAACUAAUGAUCAAGAGAGAGGGGCCUGACUCGGACUGACCUCCUUCCUCUGCCUCCUGUCCCCCAUCAGCAACCUCCCACCCCCCUCCUUUCCUGCCAUUUUGUCACUUGGGUGCUUGAACCCCAGCUUGGGUAGAUCUGUCAUCUCUGUUAUCUGGGGAGGGUGGUGGGAUACACCAGGACACCAGCUCAGCUUUUAGGAUUCUGACCAUGAGGAAAGGAAGAAAAUUCUCAAUAGGUGGUGUUAGAAUUUACAACUGGCCAUGUGCAGUGGUGAGGCCCCACCCAACUCUCUAAGAAAGCCAUCUGAGUUUACUUUCUCCUGACUUGAAUAGCCACAUCUGUAAAAUGCAGAUGGGCAUACCUGCUUCUCAGGGUUUGUUGUGAUGCUUGUCCCUUCCACACCUUUUAUUACCUGUGGCCUGGACUCAGUCCCCUCUGUGAGUGCUGGUUCCUGGCCCCUGUUGGGUGGUAGUUACCAGGUCUCUGCUGCUGCUGGCCCAGCGAAAUCCUAUCCAGCCACUUGUUGGACCCUGGCACCUAAAAUGAAAUUUCACCCCGCCCUACACCCUGUAAGAUUCUAUCUUGGGCUCUCAUGGGGUCCAUAACCACCAAGACCCAUUUUCUUUCCACCCUGCACUCGGGAUCAGUUUCUUUGAACUCUGCCCAGCCUUUCUAGCCUUUCUGCAUUUACCAUCCCCCCCUCUCUUUUUAUACCAUGCCCCCUUUUAUAUACCGAUUUCUUAUUUUACAAUAAAAUUUUGUUAUCACUUGUA